AUGUUGCACUCUUUUAGUUAUGAGAUGAUUGACGUAGUUGGAGAGUCCCUCGGCUCGCAUCUCACCGGUGUCGCGUCCCUUUUGCGAACUCGCCAAGUCCAUGGCAACGUAGCCGGGAUCCGUGGAGCUUGCUACUGGACUUGGUACCGGCAUGAGACGUGGGCAGCUCUCAAAACAGCGCGCCAGAUGUCUAUUGACGAGGCAUACUGGCAACCUGAGUCUAUCGCUAGUUUCAGCCACCUCACCCCGGAGGACGUCGCCAACCGAGUCAUUUUCAUCUUUGGCCAGUGCAUCAACUAUUGUAACGACGACACUACUGGGAAGCCAAGGGAGGCCAAGGCUGUGGAGCUGGAUCAGGCACUCGAUGACUGGAAGGCGAAAUUGCCUUCGAGUAUGGCAUGGUUCUCGACUGAGAAGCCCGAGGUUGGGCCAAUGGGCUCUAAUCACUUCGAGGCCAUGUGGUUUGUCUUCCCCCACAGUGUGGAUCACGGUGAACGAAACUAA